AUGGGUCUCCUAGACAAGCUGUCAGUGUGGCUUGGACGGGGACGCGCCGAGGUGACGGUCCUAGUGCUAGGGCUGGACAACAGCGGCAAGAGUACUCUCCUCAACGCUCUCAGACCUCCCGAGCAGCGCACACAGCAUGCUGCACCGACUGUGGCUCAACAACAGGAGCAUUUCACUAGUGGUGGUGUAUCAUUCAGUGCAUGGGAUGUGUCGGGAGCGCCGCGUCACCGCGCGUUGUGGGAGCGACAUUACCGUCGCGCGCACGCUGUUAUUUUCGUCGUGGAUUCUGCUGACCAUCUGCGACUUGUGGUGGCUCGUGAGGAGUUGGAGCUCCUUCUCGCGCAUCCUGACAUGUUCGGCAGACGGGUACCUCUGUUGGUGUUCGCCAAUAAGAGCGAUGCGCCACACUCGCUUGCACCCAUGCAGGUUGCUGCAGCACUUGGCCUAGAGCGUAUCUCGGACAAGCCGUGGCACAUUUGCGCGUCGUGCGCGCUAUCGGGCGCCGGCCUCGCGGACGGCGUCGCGUGGCUCGCGCGACAGAUACGCGACGCUCAUCUACCGAUCGCACAUACUUAGACACAAGUAUUGCGUAUACAGCGGGUGAUGUGGAAACAUGUGGGAUUUUCAAUGGUAUAAACAGCACAUCAACCGGUCCGAA